UUUCCCCUACAGGAAAUACAAGCCCUGCAUGCAUGAUGACAUCAGAAAAUCAGGUUAGGUUAGCAGUAGCACAGCUAGCAAGCUAGGGGAGUGGAGAGUAAAGAGCCUGUGUACUCGGGACUACGAGGCCGGGGAACGGUACAUUGGCAUUUCAUCUUUUCGGUCUACAGUCCCCACGGAUGGGAUAGAUGUUGGUACUGCGAUGAGUGUGAAGGCCUUUGAGCUGGUCCCUGCUGUGGAGCGAGAGCUCCUUAUGGGCGACAAGCAGCGCAUCAACAUCGAGUGCAUCGAGUGUUGUGGCAAACACCUGUACGUGGGCACCAACGACUGCUUCAUUCACCACUUCCUUUUGGAGGAACACACCUCGUCCAAAGGCAAACGGACAUAUGUGGCUCAGAAGCUCCUGCACAAGUACCUGGGCCUUAAGAAGCCCGUGGCGGAGCUGCGGGCGGCGUCGGCGUUGGAGCGCCUCAUUGUACUCUGCGACGCAACCAUCACAGUGGUCGACAUGGUCACCCUGGAGACCGUCCCCUUAGGCGGGGCCAAGAUCAGAGCGGUGGCCGCCUUCUGCGUCAACGAGAACCCGGUGAACGGCGACCCGUUCGGCGUGGAGAUCGGAGUGAUCUCGGCCAAGCGGAGGACUGUACAGAUAUACAUGGUAUACGAGGACAAGGUGCAGCUGGUCAAGGAAGUGACCACGCCCGAGCAGCCCUGUGCUGUCAGCCUGGACGGCUAUUUCCUUUGCCUGGCCCUGUCCUCGCAGUACAUGAUCCUGAACUACAGCACAGGGGCCUCCCAGGACCUCUUCCCCUACGACAGUGAGGAGAGGAAGCCCAUCAUCAAGAGAAUCGAAAGGGAGGAGUUUCUCCUGGCUGCCCCUGGUGGACUCGGGAUGUUUGCCAACGCUGAGGGGAUAUCCCAGCGUGCACCAGUGAAAUGGUCGGAGAGUGUGAUCGGGGCGGCGGUGUGUUUCCCGUACGUUGUGGCGCUGGACGAAGGCUUUGUCACCGUGCACAGCAUGCUGGACCAGCAGCUCAAACAGACUCUCCCGUUCCGGGAUGGACACAUCCUCCAGGACUUUGAAGGCAAGGUAGUUUUGGCGUCCACCAAGGCUGUGUAUGUGCUGGUUCCCCUGCCUCUGGAGAGACAGAUCCAGGACUUGCUAGCCAGCCACAGAGUGGAGGAGGCCCUGACCCUCACAGAAGGUGCUAGGAGAAACAUUCCCAAAGACAGGUUCCAGAUUUUGCACAAAAGAACUCUCCAGCAAGCUGGAUUCAUCCAGUUUGGACAGCUUCAGUUUCUAGAGGCUAAAGAACACUUCAGAAAUGGCCAGCUGGAUGUCCGGGAGCUGAUCUCUCUCUACCCCCUGCUGAUGCCCUCCACCUCCUCCUUCACCCGCUGCCACCCUCCUCUCCACGAGUUUGCCGACCUCAACCACCUGGCCCAGGGCGACCAGGAGAAGGUGCAGCUCUGCAAGAGGUUCCUCAUCUCCUACCUGGGCGAGGUGCGCAGCACGGAGGGCGCCAACGGCUGCGGCGAGGACGUGGACACGGCGCUGCUCAAGCUGUACGCCGAGCAGGACCACACCAGCCUGCUGGACCUGCUGGCCUCCGACAACGCCUGCCUGCUGACCGACAGCGCCCCCUGGCUGGAGAAACACCACAAGUAUUUUGCUCUUGGACUGCUCUAUCGCUAUAACGGCCAGGAUUCAGCAGCUGUACAGAUGUGGGUGCGGGUGGUGAACGGGGACCUCCAGGACUCCACCAGGUCGGACCUGUAUGAGUACAUCGUGGACUUCCUCAGCUUCUGCCCCAGUCUGGACCUGGUCUGGAAGUACGCCGACUGGGCUCUCCAGAGAGACCAGACGAUAGGAGUUCAGAUCUUCACCAAGCGGCCGGUCGGCAAGGAGCAGCCGGGUCAGCCCGACCCGGAUGAUGUCAUCGCGUGCCUCCAGAAGCACAGCCGGGCUCUGCUGCUCUACCUGGAGCAGCUGGUGCUGGAACGCCGCAUCCAGAAGGAAAAGUUCCACACCCACCUGGCGGUUCUGUAUGUGGAGAGGGUCCUUGCUCUGCUGUCCCAGGCCCCCCCGGCCCCCCAGGAGCAGGUGGGCCCAGCCAGGGACAAGCUGCAGCUGCUGCUCCGGGAGUCCAGCCUCUACCGGGUCCAGCUGCUGCUGGGUAAGAUCCAGGACUCUGAGCAGCUGCUUCUUGAACGUGCCACGCUCCAUGGGAAGCUGGAGGAGCAUGACAGGGCGUUACACAUCCUGGUGCACCAGCUGAAAGACUUCCCCUCCGCCGAGGCCUACUGCGUCUGGGCCUCCUCCUCUCGAGACCCUGCUUACCGGCAGCGCCUGUUCCACCUGCUCCUCGGGGUGUACCUGAACCAAGACCUGCCGCCAGCCGUGCCAGGCGGUGGGCGGCUGGAGAUGGCAGCCGUGGACCUGCUAAACCGCCACGGCGAGGCGUUUGACGCGGUGCGCGUGCUGAGCAUGCUCCCCGAAGGCUGGUCCCUCCAGCUGCUGAAGCCUUUCCUGGGACGGGCCCUCAGGGCCAGCAUGCACGCCUGCCGCACGUCCCAGGUCGCACUGGGGCUGGCGCGCUCUGAGAACCUCCAGCUACAGCACGACCGGCUGAGGCAGAGGCGGAGCCCCGUCCUAGUGUCCGAUAAGAAAGGAUGCCACCUGUGCCACAACACGUUCAAUGAGCCCGACUGCGUAUGCCUGCCAGGGGGGGUGCCCGUCCACACGCACUGUGCCGCCCAAAGGGCCAGAGACUCGCCCACUAAAAGACAACUGACCAAUAGUAGCAACCACACCUGAGACCCUGCCUACUCAAGCCCAGCUCAGGGGAGAAUUGUGGUUGGAGGAGCCAAGUUGUGUUUGUGGGUCACAGAACGUUCUGGAAGGAGACGGGGUCAGGAAUGCUAUAGCAUACUUGUGGCUCGGAUCACUGGAGCCCAUUGUGAUGCAAACAUGGAAACUCAGAGCUGCUCCCUUUCCACUACUCGACGUGUGUGUGUGAGCGUGCGAGCGUGAGCGAGAGAGAUAAUCCAUGAGAUUACAUAUUUACAUACAUACAUUAUACACUGAGAAUACCUGACAGACUGUGAAUUAGGAAUCAGAAACCCCAAAUACACCAAACUAACCCCUAAUUUCCCUCCAAACAGUAACACAAACUCAUAAACAAAA